AUGGAACCACAUUCGACUUCGAGUUCGCAUACCCCAGCAUCGUACAGGCAGCUUCCUGAGGGAUCCUUUCGCCUGAUCCAGUUACUUCCAGGCUCUUGGAAUGAUACCCUUAACACGGAGCUCUUGGAACCAAUUGCUUAUCUAAGGCCAGGUAAUCAGUAUACGGCAGAGCUUUCCAAUCUUGAUGGCCAGACCCCUAACUACGUUGCGUUAUCCUACACUUGGGGGAAUUGUCGGACGCCAAGAACAAUCACUAUCAAUGGAGUCACUCAAUGGAUCACGACAAAUCUCGAUCUUGCCUUGCGAACUCUGCGUGCAGAACAACAACAGAAACCCGUCACCAUAUGGGUCGACGCUUUAUGCAUUGACCAAAACGACGAUAUGGAGAGAAGUCGUCAGGUUAGCCUCAUGCAUCAAAUAUUUCAACAGGCCGCUUAUGUCCAUGCAUACGUUGGCGAUCCAUUCGACAGAGGACUCGGAUAUGAGCAGCACUUGAAGGAGCUCGGGAGUUCAGACCCCUUUCAGUUCUCGACCGAGACAGACAAAGCCUAG